CUCUCUAUAUAUAUAUAUAUAUAUGUAUAUGUAUAUGUAUAUAUGUAUGUAUAUCCCCCACCAUUCUGUUCUUCAUGAGUCUGUGUCUUUUGUAUUCUUUUGGAAAGAAAUCCCAAAACUGUUGAUGUGUUCUUCUACCUGUGUGUAUGUAUUCAUUUAGAGAGAGAAAACGAAUCGAAUUCACCAAACACCUCUCUCUCUCUCUAUAUAUAUAUAUAAUAUGUAUCUAUAGCGGGUGAGGUUGGGAGACCCACCAGAUUUCGACCAUCAAUAACCCCUUCUGUAUCAAAAUCUAUCUGUUUACUGUUUAUUUUUGUGUGUUUUCUUGAUGGAUUCGAUGCUUUGAAGAACACCAUCACCAUUAUCACUCAAUUCCUCCAUUUUUAGGUUUAGAUUUUGAUUCGCGUGUUUAUCUUUGAUUAUAAGAUUUACCUUUUUUGAAUCUCUCUUUUUUUGUUUAGAACUUUCUUGAUUGUACUUUUUGAUGGGUACGGCUUGAUUCUCAUCCUCUUUAAUCUCUAUUUUCAAUAAUUUCUUUACAACAUAUACAUACAGAAUCUGUAUGUCUAUGUUUGUGUUACUACUGUGUUUCUCACUCUCAAUUCGUUUGAAUUAGAUUCAGUUUUCUGUAACUAUUAAGUUUUCAAAUCAUUCAUUCGUAGAAGUUAGACUCUGUCACGUUGACUGUUUUGAUAUUAAAGCUGAUAAAAGUCAAACUCACCCACAAAAUCUCUUCAUUUUGAUCAAUUUCAUCGAUCUGAUAUGAUCAAACACUCACUUUCAUCGUCUUUUCAUCUGGGAUCCGUCAGUUAUGUUGGAAAAGAUUGAAAAGGCAUUCGAUCCCGAAGCAGUGAUCGAAGAAUUCGAGGGUUUGACCAUGGAUGCGAAGCGGGUUCAGAUCGAGACCUUAAAGAAUAUCUUGAAAGAAAAUGGUGAAGCAGAAUAUUUAAAGAAAUGGGGUCUUGAUGGUAGAACUGAUCCUGAAAGUUACAGUUCUUGUGUUCCUGUUGUCACCCACAAAGAUCUUGAGCCAUUAAUCCAACAAAUUGCUGAUGGUGCACCUCACCCUAUUCUCACUGGCAAGCCAAUUACCACCAUUACUCUAAGUUCUGGGACCACUCAAGGGAAGAGGAAGUUCGUACCAUUUAAUGACGAGUUGACCGAAACAACAAUGCAGAUAUACCGGACCUCGUUCGCUUUCAGAAACAGGGCAUUUCCGAUUGGAAAUGGGAAAGCUUUGAGCUUUAUCUAUGGCAGUAAACAGUUCAAAACGAAAGGUGGUCUGCUAGCCGGAACCGCGACCACUAACGUAUACCGUAGCGACCAGUUCAAGAAAACGAUGAAAUCUAUGCAAACCCCAUGUUGCAGCCCGGAUGAAGUCAUUUUCGGACCCGAUUUCCACCAAUCUUUAUACUGUCAUCUUCUUUGUGGGCUCGUUUUUCGGGAUGAAAUCCAGGUUAUAUCGUCGACUUUUGCCCAUAGCAUCGUGCAUUCCUUUAGGAGCUUCGAGUUAGUCUGGGAAGAACUCUGUUCCGAUAUAAAAACCGGAACUUUAUCGACCCGAAUCACGGUUCCUACGAUCAGAACCGCCAUGGCCAAGAUUCUGAUGAAACCGAACCCGGAAUUAGCCGACAAGAUUCACGAAAAAUGUUUGAGUUUCAGCAACUGGUAUGGUUUGAUCGAGGAGUUGUUCCCUAACGUGAAGUAUAUUUAUGGGAUCAUGACUGGAUCGAUGGAACCGUACUUAAAAAAAUUACGGCAUUAUGCUGGUGGAAUCCCAUUGCUGAGUGCCGAUUACGGGUCUUCGGAAGGGUGGAUCGGAGCGAAUGUGAACCCGACUCGGCCACCGGAGAUGGCUACAUUUGCCGUACUUCCAAACAUUGGGUAUUUUGAGUUCAUCCCGUUGAGAGAAAACGAUGUAGCGAACCAGGAUCAGAGUGGACUCGAGUCUGCAUUGAUCCCGGUCGAGCCAAGACCCGUGGGUUUGACUGAUGUCGAGAUCGGUGAAGAGUAUGAGGUUGUUGUCACGAAUUUUGCAGGUUUGUACCGUUACCGGCUCGGCGAUGUCGUAAAGGUUGUCGGGUUCCAUAACGCAACCCCGGAGCUCCAGUUUGUUUGUAGAAGAAACAUAAUGCCGACCAUCAACAUCGACAAGAACACCGAGAAAGAUUUACAGUUCUCCGUUGAAGCCGCCGCCAAGUUGUUGGCGGAUGAGAAACUCGAGGUUGUUGACUUCACGAGUCAAGUUGACCUCUCGUCGGAUCCGGGACAUUACGUGAUCUUUUGGGAGGUCAACGGUGAAGCAAGCGAAGAGGUGCUUAAAGAGUGUUGCAAUUGUUUAGACUCGGCAUUCGUGGAUGCCGGUUACGUGAGCUCCAGAAAGGUCCAAGCUAUUGGACCCCUGGAGCUCAGAGUCCUGAAAACAGGGACUUUUCAAAAGAUUCUGGAUCAUUAUGUUGGUAUGGGGUCCACCUUGAAUCAAUUCAAGACACCACGAUGUGUGGGCCCCGUUAACCAGAUAGUGUUGCAGAUACUCUGUAAUAAUGUUGUAAAGAGUUAUUUCAGUACCGCUUUUAGUUAGGGUUUUUCCGAUCGGGUGGGGGUCUCUUUUGUUAGCAUUGUAAUAUUGUAAUUUGCAAAUAUUUUAAAUAACAUGCUUUCAAUGUUGUAUAGUAAAAUUCAUCCCUUUUUAGCCUUUUUCUUUU